UCGCCGCACAGCAAAUUAAAACUCCAUUGGCGCUUUAUUGCAUUACAGGACACAUCUCCACUCCUCUGUUUACGUUUUUUCUCCCCUCCCCACACUCAUUUUAAAAUAUAUAUAUAUAUUUAUAGAUGCUGACAUUUAAUUAGAGGGAGCACUUUAUUGGAAUGAUGAUGGAGUACAUAGAGGAUAAGUUCGCCUUGAAAAGCCAGGCGAUGAAGGCCAGCGAGUACUACAUGGACCAAGUCAUGGAGAGCUUGGACAGCGCGCAGUACUUCAACAAGCCGUCCCCGAAGUGCGCGCAGGCCUUCGGACUGCAGGGCGCCGAGCACCGCUCAUCGCCCUGCGGAGACCAGAGCGCCAGUUACGGCGUACCGAAAACGGACGAGGACUCCCUGCGCUCGGAUCUCGCGAGGUCCAUCGACAGCUGCUGCUCCCUGCGGGCGUCUCCGGUCACGAGCGGCCCGGAAAAGACCGAGCUGGAGGACGCGGGGGACAAGUGCGACAGCAACGUGUCCAGCAGCAAGAAGAGGAGGCACCGGACCACCUUCACGAGCGCGCAGCUGGAGGAGCUGGAGAAGGUGUUCCAGAAAACCCACUACCCAGAUGUUUAUGUGCGGGAGCAGCUGGCCAUGAGGACGGAGCUAACGGAGGCCAGGGUACAGGUUUGGUUCCAGAACAGAAGGGCAAAGUGGAGGAAAAGGGAGCGCUAUGGACAGAUCCAACAGGCCAAGAGUCACUUCGCAGCCACAUACGAUCUAUCAGUGUUACCUCGGUCCGACAGCUACACACAGAUCCCCAACAACCUGUGGCCGAGCGCGGCCCCCGGCGGCUCCGUGGUGUCCUCCUGCAUGCUGCCCCGGGGGUCCCCUCCGUGCGUCACCUCCUACUCCCACUCCCCCCGCGCCGCCGCCUCCACCGCCGCCGACCACGGCUAUGUGGGCUUCGCCGGCCAGCAGAACCAGUUCGGACACGUCUCCCUCAACAACUUCUUCGGCGCCGACUCCCUCCUCACGCCGGCCACCAACGGCCACCCUGCCUUCGAGGCCAAGCCCGAGUUCGAGAGGCGCUCGUCCAGCAUCGCCGUGCUGCGCAUGAAGGCCAAGGAGCACGCGGCCAACAUCUCCUGGGCCAUGUGAACCCGCCAGAGGUUCUGAAACCGGAACGCCUUGCAGAGGCAGGGUACGGACUUGUUUCUGGAGUUUCCAGCUUCCCGAAGAACAUAGGUAGGUAGACGUGGAAAAUAUGCCUUAACUCGUGGGUCCACACGGCUUCCGGAGAAACUUCAGCCCAAGUUUGACUGAAGAGGAAAUGGCAUCGAGGAAAGUUGUUAGCAAACGACAGAAGGACGGUUUAAAGGGGUAGUAUUAUGUAACAUUGACUUUUUUGAGAUUUACAUCAUGUUAUAGUGACAUACCUGGAGUGUUGCUUUGAUUCUUUCAUGUGUGUUUGAGGAAUCCUUUAGUCACCGUAGCAACCAUUGAACUAUGCAGAAUGCCUGGGUGGACCUAGCGACGCCUUCUAGACCAAGCUGCUCCUCUGAGCCGCAGUUUUCCGAGCUUCUGCCUCUCAGAUCAGCCCUCCCUCACUCAGCUCCUUCAGACUAGCCAGCAAUAAUUAGUAAACACUUGAUGGAACUGGGCCUCUACUGAGCUCAUUAUACAAGCUUCCUCUCAGUGCAAUGCUGGUAAAAACAUUGUUUGAGGGAUUAAUAGAGAAGUGAUGAGGUGAUGACUUCCUGAAGGCGAAGCUUCAGAAAGAGCUGGAGUUUUUAAAGAGAC